AUGUUUACAUAUUUUUUAAAAUUGCGUGCAAGACCUCCUGAUUUGAUUAAGAAAAAACCAUUUAUCGAUUUGCCUGUCUCAUCAUCAUCUUCGUUGAGUAGAAUAGUGAAAUCAUCCAACCAUUUCAUAUCAUCAUCUUCAUUAUGUAAUAAUCAUUUCAACAAAAAGUUAAUGGCUAAUGAAAUUGAUCGUCAUGAAUCGAUAAUCCUCGCAAUUUACUUGAUUGAAUUGGACAAAGUCGAUAAUGAAUCAAACCAAUCAUUAUCAUCAUUAUAUCUAUCCAAUAUUCCACAAGAGAAAAUCUAUCCACUACCUAUUCAUAAGGGCAAAAUUCCUUAUGGAAAUCAUUAG